UCCUCAUCACCGCUUGCUUCCCCUGCAAACCGUUGCACACCGCCCGCCUGGACUCGUCGCCUCCAUAACUACAUCUUUCACCUUCUGCUCCUCCUUCGACCUCACCUCAUUCCUGGCUGAGGGCCCUGUCCCUUCCUCCCCUCCGUCUCCCUCGCCAUGACGUCCCUCUUCACCCGCUCGCAGCAGGUGGCCGCCCUCGAUCCUCGUCUGGGCGGUCUCAUGGCCUCCUUGGGCCUUUCCAAUCUGCGAGCUCUUAUCAAAGCCAUCCGCGCUUGCAAGACCUACGCCGAGGAGCGAGCCCUGAUCCAAAAGGAGUCGGCCGCGAUCCGCACCUCCUUCAAGGACGAGGACCCGCUGCUGCGACACAAUAACAUUGCCAAGCUUCUCUACAUCCACAUGCUGGGCUAUCCUGCACACUUUGGGCAGAUUGAAUGCCUGAAGCUGGUGGCCACACCCAGGUUCACGGAUAAGAGGCUGGGCUACCUGGGCGUCAUGCUGUUGCUGGACGAGAACACGGAGGUGCUCACCCUCGUUACGAACGGGCUCAAGAACGAUAUGAACCACUCCAACAUGUACGUCGUGGGGCUCGCCCUAGCUACCUUUGGCAACAUUGCAUCGGAAGAGAUGGCGAGGGAUCUGAGCGAGGAGGUGGAGAGGCUGAUGGGGUCGAGCAAUACGUAUAUCCGACGAAAGGCAGCUAUAUGCGCUAUGAGAAUCGUACGCAAAGUGCCAGAUCUGCUCGAAAACUUCUCGGGCAAGGCAAAGGCGCUGCUCAAUGAUAAGAACCACGGCGUACUGCUCUGCGCGGUCACUUUGGCUAUCGAGGUGUGCAAGGAUGAAGAGGCUCGUGACUCCUUCAGAGAUGUCGUUCCUCUGCUGGUCCGCCACCUCAAGUCCCUUGUAACAACAGGCUACUCGCCAGAGCACGAUGUCUCUGGCAUCACGGACCCGUUCCUCCAGGUCAAGAUUCUGCGCCUGCUCCGCGUUCUGGGCAAGGGCGAUGUCGAGGCGUCGGACACGAUGAACGAUGUCCUCGCACAGGUGGCCACCAGCACAGAGGCGUCCAAGAACGUCGGCAACGCCAUCCUGUACGAGACGGUGCUCACCAUUCUGGACAUUGAGGCCGAGAACGGGCUGAGAGUCAUGGCGAUCAACAUUCUGGGCAAGUUCCUGAGCAAUCGCGACAACAACAUCAGGUACGUCGCCCUGAACACGCUCAACAAGGUCGUGACGAUGGACACGAAUGCCGUCCAACGGCAUCGCAACAUCAUCCUCGACUGUCUCCGGGACGGGGACAUCUCCAUCCGCCGCCGUGCCCUGGAGCUCUCGUAUGCCCUCAUCAAUGAGGCCAACGUGCGCGUCCUGACUCGCGAGCUGCUCAGCUUCCUCGAAGUGGCCGACAACGAAUUCAAGCUCGGCCUUACGACGCAGAUCUCCCUAGCGGCAGAGAAGCUGGCGCCCAACAAGCGAUGGCACAUCGACACGAUGCUGCGCGUGCUGAAGGUCGCAGGCAACUAUGUGAGGGAAGAGGUAUUGAGCGCCUUUUUGCGCUUAACCUGCCAUACGCCUGAGCUGCAGACGUACACGGCGCAAAGGCUGUACUCUCUGCUACAUGCCGAUUUCAGUCAGGAGUCACUUACCCUCGCGGCGGUGUGGGCCAUCGGAGAGUUUGGAGAGCUGCUCACCCAGCCUGGUGGGGGAAGCAUGGAGGACGAGGAGCUGGUGCGCGACCUGACCCCGCGUCAGGUCGUGGACUUGAUCUCAUCCCUGCUCGACUCGCCCUACGCCAACUCAAACAUAAGGCAGUGGGUUCUCACAUCCCUGUCCAAGCUAGCGGUGCGCUUCUCGUCGCAGGAUCGCAGUCAAGCGGAGCGUAUCCAGCAGAUCUUGGGGAGGUACGAGACCUCCGUCGACUUGGAGCUGCAGCAGCGCAGUGUGGAGUAUGACGCGCUAUUGAGCAGACGAGACAUCAGAGAAGGAGUUCUGGAGGCAAUGCCGCCCCCCGAGAUCAAGACGACAAUGGUGGGGACCGUCAGUGAGAAGAGGAGCGUAGGGAGCACGAGAAGGGACAAGGAUGCGCUGCUUGACCUCAUGGGUAGUGAUGAUAUGGGAGGGGCGUCGGCACCUGCGCAGGCAGCAGCAUCGAGCAGCAACAACACGCACGACUUGCUCGCCGACAUCUUUGGUGGUGGAGGAGACGGCGGUGCCAGCAGCUCUACAGCGCCGGCAGCAGCUGCCACACAACCCAAGUCAUCGGUCAACGAUAUACUCGACCUCUUCGGCAGCAGCUCGUCGAUCUCAACACCUGCAGCCAGUGCGCCACCUGCAUCGAGCAAUAUGAAUGGAGGGCGCAAUGGGGGAGGCGGUGCAGACUCGUUGGCGGGUCUUGACAUCUUCGGCGGUGGCUCUUCCUCAGCGACAGCAGCAUCGCCCUCAGCCCCAGCCGCUUCUCCCUCACCUUCAUCAUCCGCUCGGGCCUACACCGCCUUCAGCGGCUCCGGUCUCACCCUCACCCUCACACCACGCAUCGCCCAACCCACUCGCCCUGACCUGGUCUCAAUCCUCGCCACUUUCACCUCAACCCUGGACGUCUCCAAUCUCUCCUUGCAAGCCGCGGUCCCCAAGUCACAAAAGCUACAGAUGCUUGCUGCGAGCAGUACAGAGGUCAAGCCAGGCCCGGCAGGGGAGGCAACACAGCAGAUGAGGGUCAUGCUGCCUAAUGGAGGUAGUGGAGGUGUGGCAGGCGUGAGGCUGAGGAUGCGCAUUGGCUUCAAGGCGGCAGGGAAGGAGGUGCAGGAGCAGGUCGACUUCGCGGGGUUUCAGUAGACGGGCAGAAAAGCCAGAUUGGGUAGAAGUGUGGAUAAUCACUGAGCAGGCGAC